UUAUCCAAAAAACAAAAAAGGCCUAAACAACGACGUGGCCGUCCCAUGUUUGAAUCCUCGUCUCGUUCAACCAACGCCCACCAAAUCUCCCCCCUUCAACUUUCUACUCAACAUCGACGUUUUUUCUCUACAAAACCAUCGCAAUUCUUUCUCCAUUUAGCGUCUCCUUCCUUUUCAACAUCGACGAUUUUUCGUGUCCUAGGGUUCGCAUUCUUCUGAUUUCGUUUCGAUUCCGAAUCCCUAUCUGUGAUUCUCAUUCGAUAAUAUUUUUCCCCCCCAGAUAAUUCCGCUAAGCUAUCUUUCUAGCUGCACUUGUAUCGUAAUUGGAAAAGGUCCAUCAUUCCUAUUCUCUCACCGUGCCAAAAUUUGAUUAGGUUAGGUAUCCCCAAUUUUUUAUUUUUAUUUUUUUGGAGUGGACAAUGCCACCAUUUUUGUCGACCUCCAAGGCACUUCGCUCAUUAGCAUCGAGCAAAAGUGGUGUGAGUCAAUUGAUUAGGUGUAGCAAGAGCAGUGGGAAACUCGAUGGGUGCCGAUACCUCACUGCAAUUGCCGGCAGGGCUACCCAUCCGAUUAAGCCCUUUGGCUCACGUAUUGGUUUUCCCCCCUUAAUGGGAGGGUUGUCUCAUAAUAAUAAUAAUAGUCAUGCUAUCCAAUCGAGGCAGUUUCUUGGAUGUGGAGAUGGUGAAGAAGGUGUUCUAUCCAAAAUUUAUGAGGAGAGGCGCGUUUUGGGGUACUCUCCAGAGCAAUUAUUUGAUGUUGUUGCAGCUGUUGACUUCUAUCAUGGUUUUGUCCCAUGGUGUCAAAGGUCGGAGAUACUUAAACACUAUCCAGAUGGAUCAUUUGAUGCUGAGUUGGAGAUUGGAUUUAAAUUUCUUGUUGAAAGUUAUGUUUCUCAUGUUGAAUUGGUCAAACCAAAGCGUAUAAAGACAACUGUGUCGCAGAGUACUCUGUUUGACCAUUUGAUAAACAUAUGGGAAUUUAGUCCUGGCCCGGUUCCAGGAACUUGCAAUCUUCAUUUCUUGGUGGAUUUUAAGUUUCAGUCUCCACUUUACAGACAGGUUGCAUCGAUGUUCUUUAAGGAGGUAGCCUCUAGGAUGGUUGGUUCAUUUACUGAGCGUUGCCGUUUGAUAUACGGACCGGAAGUGCGGGUCCUUGAAAACUCAUAUGGAGAAAGGGCAUAAGGUAGUGUUUCUGCCCACCAGUUUCUUGUUUAAACAUAGUCAAGGCCAAUUUACAGUUUUAUCAUUAACGGGGCAGGGUUUUUAUUGUUCGCUGCUGAACCCUGAAUGAUUGAUCAUUUUUCUUUCUAAUAUCUAGUGACCUUUGUAAUUUAUGUAGAUGAAUUCUACUAUAUACUGUGUACAAUCUUGAAAGUGACAUAUAUUUAACAUGGUUUUUU